AUGAGCAUUCUCAACAUCCCUGUUUUGCUCUCUGUAGCAUACUACCUCACAACUGCGUGGGCCGUUACCAUCUCGGAAAAUACCGUGGUGAAGUCGCCUGUCUCUUUGGAUAUUGGCGAGCUCAACAUCAACGAAGGCGUCUACUACUCCAUCGUCGACAAUGCCUUGACUGCCCUUGGCGGCAACCUCAACAACAAGGGCGGCUUCUACGUCACCUCCGAAAACGGGUUGGCCGCGUCUGUGACUGCUGUCUCCGGUACCAUAAUCAACUCGGGCGACCUUGCUUUCAAUUCCUUGAAGGCUAAUGUGAUUUCUAACUACAACAUGGACUCGAUUGGCACCUUCUCCAACUCUGGUAACAUGUGGAUUGGCACCAGCGUGUUUUCUGCUGUUCCUCCCAUUAUCCUCGGCUCAGCCUUGGACUGGAAGAACACCGGCAAAAUCUACGUCCGCCAAAGAGAGGGCAGGGCUUCUCCAAUUACCAUUUCGCAGGCGCUUGGUUCCAUCACGAACGACGGUACCAUCUGCGUUGAGCGCUACAACUGGGUGCAAACUACCACCAUUGACGGUAAGGGAUGUGUCAACAUCAAGGAAGAUGGCCACCUUCAGCUCCAGCUCUCUCCUUGGAGUGUGGACAAGGAGCAGACCCUCUACCUUUCGAGCCCUUCUUCUUCGUUGUCUGUGCUUGGCUUGGAGCCUUCCCUCUUGGGAACCAAGUCCUUCAACGUGAUUGGCUUUGGCGGUGGGAACAAGAUCAACGUAAACCUCGGUUUCACUGACUACUCCUACAAGGACGGCAAAUUGACACUUUCUUUCUUUUUGGGUGCUUUCAAGAUCGACUUCAACAUCGGUGAGGGCUACGACACCUCAAAGUUUAAGACCAACGGUCCAGGAAAGGCUGGCACUUCUAUUUCCUACGACGGCCAGUGGUCUGGUCAAGCGCCUGAUGUGUGCCAGUGUAAGGACUUCCCAGUCCCUCCAACAGAAGAGACCUCGAGCUCAUCCUCGUCUUCUUCUUCGGCUUCUAGUCUGUCUUCGUCCAGCCCAGGUGAACUGUCCUCUCUGUCGCCCACUUCUAGUGAGCCUAGCUCCUCAAGUGAAGCUGAGACCUCUCCAAGUGCUAGUCUGAGCUCAUCGACUCCAGGCCAGUCUUCUCCUACGCCUGGUCCAUCGUCGACCCCAGAACAGUCGUCUUCUACUUCUAGUGACUCCUCAGCCCCUGGCGAAAGCACCCCAGCGCCCAGUCAAACCACCUCAGAUCCUGGCUCUUCAAGCGAGCCAAACUUCACCACCAGAACCACUACCUGGAUUUCCACCAACGACCAAGGCAACACUGAGACUGACUCUGGUGUGGAGAUUGUCACCACUGACCCUUCUGGCCACUUGACUACUACUACCAGUAAAUUCCCCCGCAGCGACUCUGAAGACAAGACCACCACCACCGAGUCUACUGACAAGGAUGGCCAUGUCCACACAAAGACAGUGGUGGUGUGUGAGAUUGAUUGCAAGAACACAAACAACGGAGGCGAAUACGAGACCAUCACCACCCACCCAGAAAAGACCAUCUUGAUAACCACGGACUGUGAAGAGGGCAAGACCACCCAGACGGCUGUGAUCAAGACCACCACCAUCAAGGGCGUCAAGACUCACUACACUUCUAUCUGCGAGGAGACUAGCACUCCAAAGGAAGAAGAAAAGCCUAAGCCUUCGGCUCCCGCUCCUGCUCCUGCUCCUGCUCCUGCUCCUGCUCCUGCUCCUGCUCCUGCUCCUUCUGGCAAGCCUUCUGCUCCAGCCGGCGAGGAGGAAAAGCCCAAGCCAACUGUCGCUGGCCCUAGCCACGAGGAGACAGUCACCACUGAGGCCAACGUCACCCAAACUGUUUCUGCUGGUCCAAGUCCAAGCUCAGUUGCCGAGGUUUCCACUUACGAGGGUGCUGCUGGUGCAGCUUCAAGAUUCGGUGCCGAGUGGCUUGUUCCUCUUGCUUUGUUGAUGAUGAUUUAA